GACAUGGUGUUAACCCAGAUACAUUGACACGUCCUGAUGAAGUCCAAACAAGUGACAGAAGAGAAGAAGAUAUGAAAAUUCAUACCGUGAGACACGACAGGUUGCAUAGGAGAGGAGGGGAUGUUUGGCAAUCGGUUAAUCUGGAUCACCCGGCAAGAUUCGAAACGUUGGCUAUGGAUGCAGAGGUGACAACGAUAAUGGAGGAUCUUGAGAGAUUUGUAAAGAGAAAAGAGUACUAUAGGAAAGUGGGCAAGGCUUGGAAACGUGGGUAUUUAUUGUUUGGACCACCAGGAACUGGAAAAUCGAGCUUGAUUGCUGCAAUGGCGAAUUAUCUGAAUUUUGACAUUUAUGAUUUAGAGUUGACUGAUCUUAGAGGCAAUGCUGAAUUGAGGAAGCUGUUGAUUUCAACAGCGAAUAAAUCCAUAUUGGUUGUGGAAGAUAUUGAUUGCUCUAUUGAGUUGCAGAAUAGGAUUGAACCAGCCAGAGCUAUGAAUCCUUCGAGAGUUUAUGCAGGAUUUAACCAAGGAAACCAGCCGGUUACUCUAUCAGGAUUACUGAAUUUCAUUGAUGGAUUAUGGUCGAGCUGCGGGGACGAGAGGAUUAUUGUAUUCACCACGAAUCACAAACAGCGACUUGAUCCAGCUCUGUUACGUCCUGGUCGAAUGGACGUGCACGUCCACAUGUCCUACUGCACCCCGUGCGGGUUCAAAUGCUGGCCUCCAACUACCUCUGCAUCACAGACCAGUCUCAUUGAGUUCCUAGAGGGCAAAAUAAGAGAGCUUGAAGCAAAAGCUCCAGAAGGAGAAGCAGAAAAAAAGCAGGAAGGAGAAGCUGAAAAGGAGGAAGAAGAAAAUGGAAUGGAAGCAAAGAACGAGUAA